UAAUCUUUGUAAAAUGAUUAAAUCAUCUAGAUUGUUAAUUAGACCAUUAGGUUGGAAGAUUAGACCUGAAAGUGUUCAAAGUAAACUAAAUUGUCAAUGUAAUUUGUCAUCAAUUUUAUUGUCACCAUUUGGUUACCGGUUUCUUCAUUCAUCUAAAUUGUUAAAUGUUAAAUUGUCUUCGAAUUGGUUUUCAUCGUCAUCUAAAUCAAAAUAUGAAAAUAAUCCUAAUUUAAAGAAGAAAACUCGUGUUAUUGAAAUUUGGCAAGGAAUGAAACCUAAAGAUUUAGCUGAAGCAAUUGGAUUAACUGUUGAUCAAGUUUAUGAGCUGAUGAAUUUGUCAAACAUUAAAUGGAUUAAUUCAAUUGAAGAUAUUAAAAUUAUGUUGGCUAAGCUUAAUUAUCGGUUUACUAUUGUUAAAGCUCCAACGAUUGACCUUGAACCUGAAGAAGAGAAUAUUCUAUCUACUAUUGAGAGAUUAAAAUCACCUAAUGGUAAAGAUUUUAAACCAAGACCACCGAUUGUUACAAUUAUGGGUCAUGUUGAUCAUGGAAAGACAACUUUAUUAGAUUCACUGAGGAAAAGUCAAAUUGUUCAGUCAGAAUUUGGUGGAAUCACUCAACACAUUGGUGCUUUUGCAGUUUCUUUGGACGAUGGUGUUACCAGAAUCAAUCAAUACGAUCCAACGAUGGUGAAAAAAAUAGUGACCUUUUUGGAUACUCCUGGACACGCAGCGUUUUCAUCCAUGCGACAAAGAGGUGCUAACGCGACCGACAUUGUGGUCUUAGUGGUUGCCGCUGAUGAUGGAGUAAUGGAGCAAACAAUUGAAUCAAUUAAAUAUGCUCAAAAUGCCGAUGUACCGAUAAUCGUGGCCGUUAAUAAGAUUGAUAAAGUAGAUGAUGUUGAUGCUACUUUGAAAAGAAUUCGUAUUGAACUAAAUGUUCAUGGUAUUUUAACUGAAGCCGAUGGAGGGGAUUGUCAAGUUGUCACAAUUUCUGCUCUUAAAGGUGAAGGAUUAAGAGAAUUGAAAGAGGCCAUUUUAGCGCUCGCCGAAACCUUGGAAUUGUCAUCACCUUAUGAUGGCGGUGUUUAUGGUACUGUCAUCGAGUCUCGAAUUGAUCCACAUCGAGGUAAAACGGCGACAAUUCUAAUCAAACAAGGAACGCUAACCAAAGGGUCUUACAUUUUGGCCGGUGAAUUAAGUUAUUGUAGAGUUCGAGCCAUGUUUGACGAGCAAACUCGACCCUUACCGAAUACUAGUCCCGGUUUUGCGAGUCAAGUAAUCGGGUGGAGGGAAGAUGAUCUACCCGAAGCGGGCGAUACUGUCCAUCAAUUUCCCGAUGAAAAGUCACUUCGAGAAGUAAUUAAAAAAGCCAAGUCUCUUCAAAGUAAACAGAAAGCCUUUUAUGACGCUGCCGCUGCGGCCGAAAAAAAUGCCCUAGAACGAGAUUCUUAUGUGGAAAAACGUAAGGCCAACCUAGAGGCCAAAAUACCCUUUUGGUACACCAAAUAUAAAGGUCCAAAAGUGAAAACUUUCAUCGACGAUCCCGAUGAACCAUUUAAAAUACGAUUAUGUAUAAAAGCCGAUGUUCAUGGAAGCACCGAAGUGCUAUUAGAUGUUAUCGAUAGUUAUCCAAAUGAUUCGAGUAAAGUUAAACUUGACCUGAUUCAUUAUGGUGUUGGUACCGUUACCGAAAACGACAUUGAACUUGCCUCGUGUUUCAAAAACUCGGUCAUCUAUGCAUUUAAUGUUCCACUUUCGAGUAAAAUUUUUAACCUUGCCAAAGAAUCGGGGGUUAAAAUUAAAUCUUUCAAUGUAAUUUAUCAUUUUGUCGAUGAUUUAAUCAAAUCAAUUAGUGAUCUUAUACCCGAACAAGAUGCUGAAGUUUUAAUUGGUGAAGCUUUGGUUCAGAAACAAUUUCUUAUUGAUGAGAAACGCCGUUCGAUACCAGUGGCCGGUUGUCGUUGUACCAAAGGUCCAAUUUUAAAGGAAAAUUGUUUUUAUAAAAUUGUUCGUGAUAAUAAAACAAUCGUAACUGGAUUAACACUUUCACAAAUGAAACACCUUAAAGAAGAUGUUAAAACAAUCGAGGUUAAUUUUGAAUGUGGACUCAAAUUUUCCAAUUUACCGGAAAAUUUUAAUUUCCAACCAUCGGACAUUUUAAUUUGUUAUAAAUUGAAAAAAGUUAAACCAACAUGUAAAUGGCGACCCCCUGGUUUCUAGUCUCAAACAAUUAGCUAAUCAUUACAACAAUUAACUCAGCCAAUUGGAUUUUCUAUUCACAUAUGGAUUUCUAAUUAUUUUUAGAGUAAAAUUUGUACAAAUAGACAAACAUUAUUACAAUUAAAUCUGAAACAAUUUUCCAAGUUAA